CAAGAUUGCUUGAUUCUACUUCGCCUGCAAGGGCAAAAAAAUAAAAAAAUAAAAAAAUAAAAAAAAAAAUGGGUGCCGCAACGACGACGAUGACAGCUGCAAGAACAUCCACUAGGCGGGCUGCGAAACUCCAACGCCGGCUCUCGUCCGAGGACGCCGACCGUAAGACAGCCAGGUCACAGUCCAAGGCCAUUUCGUCGAUCCCCAACUACCCUUCUGCGUUUGACCACGAAGCCCUCGCCCACUCUCUUCGCCGCAUCGCGAGCCAUCCCACCCUCACACCAUACCGCCGACUUGUAUACCGCACCCUCCUAUCCGUCCCUCCGGGCCGUUGGACCACAUAUGCCACUCUAUCGGCACAUCUGUCCUCGUCGGCCCGUGCUAUCGGCAACGCGAUGAAGACGAACCCGUUUGCCCCCGAAGUGCCCUGCCAUCGGGUGCUUGCGACGGACCGCACAAUCGGCGGCUAUAAAGGGAAAUGGGGGAACGGGGGUGAGUACUCGGUUGAGAAGACGAAGCUACUGAAGGCCGAAGGGGUGGAGUUUGACCACAAAGGCAAAGCGAAUGGGGAGGUCUUUCGAGAGUUCGCGGACAUGGGGUCUGUGGUGGCGGGUCAGGGUAACUAGCGAGAUGGAAGUCAAAUGCCAGACAGGGCAUGGGGGUGGUGGCUGAAAUAUUUAGGGCAUUGCAAUGAAGUUAAUUGGCGUUUAAGGGGGGAAGAAAAAGGAAAAAGAAAAAAAAAAGUUGGCCCCAGAAAGCCUCGUUUAUAAGGAGCCGAGAUGUCUGCACCAGCUCUCUCCGGCCUCCUCGACCCUCUCCGAGCGCAGAGGGAUCGGUAAAGCGAAAAUUUCCGUGCUGCUUGCUGCGCGCUCGACGAUUCUUGGGCAGAGGUCUUCUGGCGGGGUGUUGCCAAGCCGUUCCAUCGCGCCGACACUCGACAUGGAAUGCUUCAAGAGAACAACUCCGCGACCCCCGGGCUGCAAUGGUCGAGCGGCUUGUUGAUAAUACUACAUACUUCUCGGAAUGGGCGGGGAAUCGCAGUGACAUUCCGCAUCCAUGCCAUUUCCGUCUGUCGAGUUCCAAAGGUCGUUGGCAGGUUUCCGUUCUUCCUUUUUUUCCUUUUUUUUUUUUUUUUUGUUGUUCUAAACUCAUGUCAUCCCGGUUGGAUGAAGCGCCCAAUAAAUUCCAUCUCGGCCACUUAAGACAGUCUUAAGCUUCAAGCGUCAGUGUCUUACCUGAGUCAAUCCCGGUGUAUUAGAAGCCAAGUCUCUCAAACAUCAAUCAAGCAACAUGGCGUUUUUUCAAAA